AUGUUCUCCGGCCUCACACUGGGGUUUCUAUCGCUUGAUAAAGUUGGUUUGGAGAUCGUCAAGGCAGGCGCUAACGUUAAGCAAGCUAAGUAUGCGAAAAGGAUAAUACCAAUACGGAAGGAUGGCAAUUUGUUGCUAUGCACUUUACUAUUGGGAAAUGUUGCGGUGAAUUCGCUACUUUCUAUUAUUAUGGCCGACAUCACUGGUGGCCUUUUGGGCUUCGUCAUUUCAACUGCAGUUAUCCUGCUUUUCGGCGAGAUACUGCCGCAGGCGCUGUGUUCGCGUUAUUCUCUGAAAAUUGGCGGAUUUGCGGUUCCGGUAGUGCGAGUUUGCAUUGUCCUGCUAUAUCCGAUCGCUAAGCCUAUAGCAUUGGCGUUAGAUUGUAUUCUGGGUCGUGACGUUGGUACUAUACAUUCACGCUCGGAGUUAUUGAAGUUGUUGGCGAUUCAUGUCGAUGAGAAAGCCCUAGAUGACGAGACGGGCAAAGUGAUGCAAGGAGCUUUGAAGACUCUGCAUGAGAUGAAGGUCUCUCAGAUUAUGACGCCGGUUGAAGAUGUGUUUAUGCUGCCUAUAGAAGCAGUUUUGGACUACAAGACUGUUACUCAGAUUUUUCAAUGUGGAUUCUCUCGUAUACCGGUGUACAGUGGGACGAUGAACAAUAUCGUUGGGGUGCUCUUCACGAAAGACCUCAUUCUUGUGGAUCCGGACGACGCUACGCCACUAUCAGCAUUCCUGCAGAUCUUUGCUCGCUCUAUGGAAGUGCUUGAGGAGAAUCAGAGUGUUAGCAGUGCGUUCAGAAGGUUCAGAUCGGGUGGUAGUCAUAUGGGAUUGGUCAGAAAGUCCUCGAGUAUGAUGGAGAACGGUCGUGAUGAUCCUGAUAUUGAGCUCGUUGGGGUGCUCACUUUGGAAGAUAUUGUGGAGGAAAUAAUACAAGAAGAGAUUAUAGACGAAACUGAUGUAUACGUAGAUGUCGAUAAUCGUGUUGAAGUUCCUGGUGACCGUUCGGGCCUCAAUGAGCAGCGUCUUCGCUUGCUCAAUGCACAGCUGCUAGAGGAGCCGUUGACCGCUGAUGAGAUAAGAGCUCUAUCUCUCCAUUUGGUAAGUUUAAUCAACAAAUACCACAAUUGUCACUAA